GAUGACGUAGUGAAGCAAUAUGGGGAGAAGAUGAGCGUAUCCGACCGACUUCUGAUGCGAUUCAUGAGUCAUCAUCAAAAGAAGAUGUUGAACGAGAAAUAUGAAGAAAGAGCGAAAAUGAGGAAUAAAUGGACGCAAACUACAACGCAAUUCAAAAUGGCCUCUGUGCAAACAGCAAACAAAUACGAAGAGCUUCUCGUUCCUCCUCCUACGGAGGAGGAAGAGGAAAUUCCAUCAUCCAGAAUAGCUAUGAAAAGGCUUUACAUCUAUAAUACAGGAGAGUAG